AUGGCAAAACGAUUUGAAGAGCAUCAAAUUAAGGCUCUUAGGUCAGCAUUUGAAGCUUCCGAUCGCUUAACUAAAUCGAGAAAAAACGAAUUGGCAGAGGCCACGGGGCUGGAUGUUGAACAAGUUUCGAGCUGGUUUAGUCGGGAGCGGGCUGGUAAAAAAGCUCGGGAGUCAGUAUUUCUCCUCGAAUUUGACUACUUGAGGCUCCAAGAAGCCCUAAGGCUUAGUCUUGAGAGGGAGAACGUUCUUCAACUCGAGAUUGAAGAAUGCAAGAAGAAAGCAGUGGAGAUUGAAGCCGAGAAUCAACGCUUGAGAGAGAGUUGUAAGAGGGCUGUGGAGUUUGAUGAGGUUUAG